UGCGAGGAGCAGAAGUGUGAAGAAGAGGUGUUCCCCUUGGCCAUGAACUACGUGGAUCGCUACCUGUCCACAGUGCCUGUGAGGAAGAAUCACCUGCAGCUGCUGGGAGCAGUCUGCAUGCUCCUGGCCUCCAAGCUGAGAGAAACCAUGCCCCUGACCGUGGAGAAACUCUGCAUCUACACAGACAACUCCAUCACGCCUCAGCAGCUCCUGGAUUGGGAGGUUCUGGUCCUGGAGAAGCUAAAGUGGGACCUGGUCUCGGUGAUUGCGAACGAUUUCUUGGCUCACAUCCUCCAUCACCUCCCGCUGCCUAAGGACAAGGUGGAGCUGGUGAAGAAACACGCCCAGACCUUCAUCGCCCUGUGUGCCACAG